AUUAGUGUCACCUCUGUUUGCAGAGGCAAUGGAUGGAGCCAACCAAUCUGUGGUAUAUGAGUUUGUGUUCCUGGGACUCUCUAAUUCAUGGGAGAUCCAGCUUCUUCUUUUCUUCUUUUCCUCUGUGUUCUACAUGGCAAGCCUAAUGGGAAAUCUCCUCAUUGUGUUCUCUGUGAGUACUGACCCUAACUUGCACUCUCCCAUGUACUUCCUGCUGGCCAAUCUCUCCUUUCUUGAUGUGGGGGUUUGCUCUAUUGCAGCCCCCAAAAUGAUUUAUGACCUCUUCAGAAAACGCAAAGCCAUCUCUUUUGGGGGUUGUAUAUCUCAGAUCUUCUUUAUUCAUGCUAUUGGGGGAACAGAAAUGGUGCUGCUCAUUGCCAUGGCCUUUGACAGAUAUGUUGCUAUAUGUAAGCCUCUCCACUACCUGACCAUUAUGAGCCCACGUAUGUGCAUUUUGAUUUUGGCUGCAGCCUGGGUCCUUGGCCUCAUCCACUCAGUGGCCCAAUUGGCUUUUGUUGUAGACUUGCCUUUCUGUGGUCCUAAUGUAUUGGACAGCUUUUAUUGUGACCUUCCUCAGCUCAUUAAACUUGCCUGCACAGAGACCAAUAGGCUGGAGUUUAUGGUCACAGCCAAUAGUGGACUCAUCUCUGUGGGUUCUUUCUUUAUACUGAUUAUUUCUUACAUCAUCAUUCUGGUCACAGUUUGGAAACACUCUUCAGGUGGGUUAUCCAAGGCCCUUUCUACUUUGUCAGCUCAUGUCACUGUGGUGGUUUUAUUCUUUGGGCCGUUAAUCUUCUUCUACACCUGGCCCUUCCCCUCAUCACACUUGGACAAAUUUCUUGCCAUCUUUGAUGCAGUUCUCACACCUUUUCUGAAUCCAGUCAUCUACACAUUCAGGAACAAGGAGAUGAAGGCAGCAAUGAAGAAACUCUGUCAUCAGCUUGUGAGUUACAGGAGGAUGUCCUAA